AUGGAUGCCAGGGCCCGAUCCCAUGACGAGUAUACGGUCGGAUGGAUAUGUGCCUUGCCGGUGGAGACCGCGGCCGCGAAGCUGAUGUUGGAUAAACUACACCCGCCCUUGCCUCGCCCGCCGAUGGACCAAAAUACUUACAUUUUUGGAAGCAUCGGGGAACACAACAUCGUUAUUGCUGGCUUACCGACUGGCGCUUAUGGAAAUGUAUCAGCUGCAACGGUUGGAAUGCAAUUGCUGUCUAGCUUUCAUGCCAUCCGUUUCAGUUUUAUGGUUGGUAUCGGUGGCGGAGUACCAAGCAGCAAUGGAGAUAUUCGACUCGGGGAUAUUGUAGUGAGCCAGCCGACGGACACUUCUGGUGGCGUGAUCCAUUAUGAUUCAGGUAAAGCACUGAGCGACGGCCAGUUUAAGCGCACCGGAAUGCUUAAUCGACCUCCCAAGGUUCUGUUAACCGCUCUUGCGACUCUCCAAGCACAUCACCUUACGGAAGAUAGCCGGAUCGUUGAAUUUGUGUCCAACCUACAAGCCAAAAUGGCGCCUCACAAAGCCGCUCGAUUCACGCGACCGACGCAAGAGGAUUGUCUGUACCAAGCAGAAUAUAAACAUGUCGAUUGCGAUACGUGUGGGGCUUGCGAUCGAUCUAAACUAGUUCUACGGCCUCAACGCGAGCGCCAAGAACCAGUAAUUCACUAUGGACUCAUCGGAUCUGCAAGCCAGGUUGUGAAGGAUAGCAGGCGGCGAGAUCAGCUGGCUCGGGACUUAGGGAUAUAUUGCGUGGAGAUGGAAGCGGCGGGACUUAUGAAUGACUUUCCGUGUCUGGUCAUUCGGGGCAUCUGCGACUACGCCGACUCACACAAGAAUAAAGACUGGCAAGGGUAUGCGGCUACUGUGGCGGCGGCCUAUACGAAAGAGCUUCUCUUGGUGGUCGCGAUCGAUCAGAUCAACAGUACACCAACUGUACGAGAUACACUUACAGACUCAGCUCACCGCUUUGAUGCCCCAUUGGACCUGAAGACUGUGCCAGUCAUUGAAAAUUUCGUGGGACGGCAAGGCGAGCUAGACCAACUGUGGCAGUAUCUACGGCCCACUGAUUCCCAGUCACGAAAGGUUGCAAUUAUUCAUGGGCUUGGAGGCAUGGGAAAGACACAACUAGCAAUUCGCUUCGCACGAGAUCACAAAGAUGAUUUCACUGCCAUCUUCUGGCUAAGUGGCAAGGACCGAAGUACGCUACUACAAUCUUUAAGCUCUAUCUUACCCCGAUUGUCAGGACAUACUGAUGAGUCAAUGAAUGACGAGGAGGUGGAGCGACGAGCUAGAGAUGUCUUAAAGUGGCUAGCAAUAGAGGGAAACUCACGCUGGCUGAUUAUUUUUGACAAUAUCGACCAAUACACCUCUUCCAGUGGCCCUAAUGGUGAUGUAUAUGACGUUGCUGAAUUCUUCCCUGGAGCUGACCACGGCUCUAUUCUCAUUACCUCUCGGCUGCAAGAGUUGACGGAGCUGGGAAAGUCAUUCCCUAUCCAUAAACUUGACUCGAAGGAUACGAUUCAACUGCUCUUACAAAGCAGCCGCCAAUCAAUGAAGAGUACAGCCGAAAAGCUUGAGCGCAAUCCAGAUACUGUUGCUCUUGCGAGCCGUCUGGAUGGACUUCCAUUGGCAAUCGUCAUCGCCGGGGCGUUUAUACAUCGAACUGGGGCUAGCAUUACUGAAUACUUACAGUUUUACACAGCAUCAUGGUCAGACCUACAGCUGCAAUCAAAACCUGAACGCCAGUACCAGCAAGGCAAUAUGCUGGAAACAUGGAUGAUCUCUUUUCGUGAAAUACAGAAACGGGACGCAAAAGCAGCAGAACUGCUACUCUUUCUUGCUCGUUUCGAUAGUCGAGAUAUCUGGUUUGAACUGAUUAAAAGCAGCUGUCAUAGCUCGAAUCUCCCAACUUGGCUCGAAAAAAUUACAUCAAGCAAAGUCUCGUUCAAAGUCGGUGUCAAGGAUCUCAUUGACUUCUCUCUACUCGAGGUUAAAAAACAAGAAGGGGGUUACGCUAUGCACCCGGUGGUGCAAGACUGGUGUAUUCACCUUGCCAGUGCAGACAAAACUGUAAAUUCAAUCCAGCUCAAUGAACUAGCACUAGUAUCUGUUGGGUAUACUGUCCCUCAGUCAAGUGUCAGAAAUUAUUCCGAGCUUCAGCGACGACUUCUUCCACAUGCGAACUAUAUUGUUCAGGCCAUAAUUUUGCGGUGUGGGGGGGCAUUCUAUGGACUGGGUGGCCUGUACUAUGAUCAGGGAAGGCUGCAAGAGGCAGAGGAGAUGUACCAGCGAGCACUGGCAGGCUACGAGAAGUUUUUUAGUCCUGAUCAUACGUCUACUCUUGAUACAGCCAACAACAUUGGGAUUCUCUACUAUCAUCAGGGGAAGCUGAAAGAGGCAGAGCAGAUGUACCGGCGCGCACUAGUGGGCUACGAUAAGGCCCUGGGUCCUUAUCAUACGUCCACUCUCAACACAGUCCAUAAUCUUGGGAAUCUCUACUCUGAUCAGGGAAAGCUGCAAGAAGCGGAGGAGAUGUACCAAAGAGCACUGGCAGGCUAUGAGAAGGCCCUCGGCCCCGAUAAUCAAACACACCCACCGACUCUCAAUACAGUCAACAACCUUGGGGUUCUCUACUAUGAUCAGGGUAGGCUGAAGGAGGCAGAGGAGAUGUACCAGCGAGCACUGGCAGGCAAGAGAAACGCCCUCGGUCUAGAUCAUACGUCCACUCUUGAUACAAUUCACAGUCUUGGGAUUCUCUACCGUCAUCAGGGUAAGCUAAAAGAAGCAGAGGGAAUGUACCAGCGCGCACUAGCAGGCUACGAUAAGGCCUUGGGUCCUCAUCAUACGUCCACCCUUAAUACACUCCACAACUUUGGGAAUCUCUACUCUAAUCAGGGGAAACUGAAAGAGGCGGAGGAGAUGUACCAGAGAGCACUGUCAGGCAAGAGAAACGUCCUCGGUCUUGAUCAUACAUCCACGCUUGAUACAAUUCACAGCCUUGGGAUUCUCUACCGUCAUCAGGGUAGGCUAAAAGAGGCAGAGGGGAUGUACCAGCGCGCACUAGCAGGCUACGAUAAGGCCUUGGGUCCUCAUCAUACGUCCACCCUCCAGACUGUCAACAACCUUGGGAAUCUCUUCUCUGAUCGGGGGAAGCUUAAAGAGGCGGAGAUAAUGCUCCAGAGAGCACUAGCAGGUUUCGAGAAGGCCCUCGGUCCUAAUCAUACGUCUACUCUUGGCACAGUGGACAGCUUUGGAAGUCUCUACAAAGAUCAGGGGAAGCUGAAGGAGGCAGAGAAGAUGUACCAGCGAGCACUGUCAGGCUACGAGAAGGCCCUCGGUCCUAAUCAUACGUGCGCUCUUGAUACAGCCCACAACCUUGGGAAUCUCUACUCUGAUCAGGGAAAACUACAAGAAGCAUCGAAGAUGUACCAGCGAGCACUGUCAGGCUACGAGAAGGCCCUCGGUCCUGAUCAUACAUCAACUCUCCGUGCAGUUAACAGCUUUGGCCUUCUCUACAAAGAUUAG